AACAGCGAGAAAUAUGACGUAAACUCAAAACAACUAUAGAACCUAGUAUCCACAAUAUCCUGAAAAACUUUUCCCAUCAUUAAUCAUAAACCACUUACAGUUCACUUAAUGACAAAAGAUAAACAAAACUUUGGCCACGGCUUUGGCGCUUCAGCAGCGGACUCAAAGCGAUUGCUAGAACCAGUUGAGCUUCAGCAUCGGCACGGAAAUGAACAUAUCACAGUUGUUUCAGUCGUAUCAGGACUUGUCCGGCCAGCAGAUGAACCAAAUCAAUGAGUAUGUGGCGCAAGCUCUGCUGCACGUGGUGCACAUCCACAUUAUGAGCGUGACGCCGUCGCUGGUGCUGACCCUCUGCUGCCGCAACAAUCAUACGUGCAACUUCUACAACGAAAUGAUGAGCAUACUGUUUCGCGGCUGGGGCAUAGCCCCGCUCCAGAUAGUCACUGUGGAGCAGGGCAUGCUGCGAAAAUUCAUCCCGGGUCGCCGGCACUACAAUCUCAUCUUCACAGACUCUUAUGCGGCCUUUGCCGAGAUCGAGGUGGAGGCUUACUCUAAGGAGUAUAACUACAACGAGUACUAUUACAUCUUUCUGCAAGCGCGCGAUCGUCUGCUACAGGGCGAGAUGCGUCGCAUCUUCGAGCAUUGCUGGCGCCACCAGCUCAUCAAUUGCAACGUUCAGGUGCAGCGCGCCAAUGGAGAUAUUUUGCUUUACACGUACCUGCCCUUCGGGCCCGAGAGCUGUGCCGAUACGACGCCCCAGCUGAUCAAUCGGUAUAACGGCAGCCAGAUGCUCAAUCCCCAGCUCUUCCCGCCGAAGCUGCGCAACCUCUAUGGCUGCCCCCUGCGUGCCGCAUUGUUGCACAUGCCGCCGUUCAUCUAGCUAGAGGGCACGCGCAUCACGGGCGGCCUGGAGGGUCGCCUCUUGCAGACAUUCAUUACCAGGCUCAACUUGAGCAUUCAAGUGCAGCCGCUGCCUCAUGGACAGGAAUUGUUUGCCAACAAAAUGAUACAAAUGCUGCAAAGCGACCAAGCGGAUUUGUGCAUCGGCGGCGUUCGCCAGACGGUGGCCAACAGCAUCUCAGCCACAUCGACCCACAACUAUCACCAGACGAGCGUUCGCUUUGGUGUCCUGAGCGCCAGCUAUGAGCUGAGCUCCCUGGACAUCUUCUUCUAUCCGUAUCCCACAUCCAUUUGGCUGGGCCUUGUCUUCGUCUUUGCCAUGUCCAUUCUGUUGCUGCUCAUUAUGGAUCGGCUGCUGCAGUUGAGGGAGCAGAGCUCCAUCCUGCUUAAUCUGGAGCUAAUCUUUGUGGGCAUGCCAAUGCUGCAGCUGUCGAGCUCCAUUGCCAAGAGUGUCUACUGCAUCAUGUUGAUGUUCUACACAUUGCUCAUACGCACCGUCUACCAGGGCAUGCUCUACCAUUUGAUACGCACGCAUCAGCUGAACAGGCUGCCGCAGUCCAUCGAGGAGCUGGUGGCCCACAACUAUACGGUGGUGCUAUCGGCUAGCAUACACGAUGCCCUCUCCGAAAUAUCCACGGUGCAACAGAUGCGCUACCACCUGGUCGAUGUCAGCGGCGGCCUGAUGCAGCCUCUGCACUACCUGGCAGAGCGUCCACGGGACAAGCGUCAGGUGGCAGCGACUGUGCAGGAGAUCUUCCUCAUGUACAACCGGCUGAGUGCGUACUCUGCGGAGGCCCAGUCCCAGCAGCAGGAGGCGAAUCACUUUGAGAUCAUUGCGCAGGAUGUGAUCGAUCUGCAGCUGACGAUGUACCUGAGGAAGCACUCCUUUCUGAUCGACGCCUUCAACGAGGAGAUCAUGUGGAUGCGCUCCGUGGGUCUGCUGGCCAUAUGGGCGCGCUGGGAGCUAGACGAGAACCAAAUCCGUGCAACGCAAUUAAGCUCCCGAGUAUUUGGCAUACAGGAGCUCUACGUGAUAUUUAUCAUGAUUCUGAUUGGUUUGCUGCUCAGCACGCUUAUCUUCUGCCUGGAGCUGCUCUCGGUGCGAUCCGUGCGCCUCCAGCGCUGGUUUCUAUCCAAGUAAAUAAUUUGAAUAAUACUAUGUAAUUAUAUUGUUAGCUCUAUG